ACACAAUGACAACGACCAUUGUGAAAGAAGAGGAAAAAGCAGAGUGGAAAAGACUUUUUCAACUGUGUGAUGAAGAUCAAAGCGGCUUCCUUUCUUGGACUGAGCUGACUACUCUCUGCCAUGCCAUCGGAAAGCCAAUAUCAGAUACACAAGCAAAACACAUGAUUGGUCAAGCAGACUCAAAUGGAGAUGGCUUAAUUGACUUUCAAGAAUUUGUCCGAGUGAUGACUUCUAAAAUAGAAAGGGAACAAAGACAGGGAGAAGAAGACAUGAUAAAGGCUUUUGAAGCAUUUGACAUGGAUGGCAAUGGAUUUAUCUCUGCAGAAGAAUUGAAACAUGGAAUGUACAGUGCUGGGUUUAAGCUGACCAACGAUGAACUGACAUGUAUGAUUAAUCGAGCCGAUACAAAUGGCGACGGUCAGAUAGACUUUAGAGAGUUUAUUCAACUGAUGAAAGAUGAAUAGAAGAUGAAGUUAACUGUAAAAGACAUCAGUCUAACCCUAGGUAUACAAAUAACAAAUUAGACUAUAGACUACAAGAAUACAAAUAUGCAGUACGUACAAUGCCCG